AUGCAGUCCCUGCCCGAGGAGCUGCAGGGGCGCAUCCUUGAGCUGGCAGGCCAGCAAGCCGGGCCAUCUGUCACGCUCGUGUGCAAGCACCGCCUGGUUUACAGUCAGCCUGGGCUGUGGCAGCAGGUGGCAGUCCUCGGCAAGGAUGCUCGACAGCUUGGCAGCGCAGAGGACAACUGGUGGCACCGCAAGUUGGCGCUGCUGCAGCGUGUGCGUGGCGCGGUCCGAGCAGCUCAGUUUGAGGGGCCUCCAAUCGGCGUUGAAGCAGCGUCAGCGCACGCCCUGCCAGACGGAAUGCAGCUGGCAGACUUGGUUGGUGCUCUGGAUCCAGCCGCCCUGACAAGCCUGACCUUCAGCCAAAAGGCAGAGCUCUCGCCAGCGGCUGCCCACGGCAUUGUGUGCUGCACCCGGCUGCGGCCGCUGGACCUCAGUGUGCUCCCCUUCCCGCUGCGGGAGGAAAGCACUGCUGUGCUGCAGCAGCUUGGCAGCCUGCAGCAGCUGACGCUAUCUGCGCAACACCUGCCAGCGCUGUUGCUGCACGAAGGUGUCGCGAGCUGUUUGCUGCACCUGACGGGCCUCACAUUGAAGAGCGAUGCGGAGCUGCCUUCCACACAACCACUCACAGCGCUGACACGGCUGCAAAAGCUGACCAUGCGGCAGGCUAGUGCCGGCGAUACUGGCCUGCAGCUGCUGCCCGUGACAGCCUUUCCAGCCUUGAAGGCGAUGAGCUAUAUUGCACGACAUUUUCAGGUGUCUGGGGCCACGCUUUCUUCCAAACAUCAGCAGGGGAAUAUGCUUCUGGAUGUGGAGCGCCGGUCUGACAGCUCUGUCAAUGGCUGGGGCUUCCACCUGAGUACCGCAGCCCUGGACAGCGCGGGGCUCCUGCCCGCAGUGUUGCGCACUCUGGGCUUGGCGGGCGGCGACCUGGCCUCCAUCAUGCUGCUUUCCUGCAGCGUACAGUCGACGGCUCUCAGCCUGGGCCAGAUGGCAUCCAGCGUCACUAAAGUCUUCAUUUCCGAUGCUCAUGCCACGGGAGGCGAUCAGCUGGGCUCGGCGCUGGAUGCACUGCUCGGCAGCAUGCCCACCCUGCAGUUCGCAAUUGUUAAGAGCUGCGACCUGUCCCACGGCCUGCCCACCAGCCUGUCAAUCCUGGCUCUCAACGACAACAUGCUGCGGGGGGCGCUGCCAACCUCGCUGCGGACUGCCAAGAAGCUUCUUGUGCUGGACCUGAGCAACAACCUCGAUUUUCCUGAGGAGCGGGACCCAGAAGCCUCCCUGCAGCCUGGGGGACUGCACAGCCCCCUGGGAGCCCCGCUUUCGUGA